AUGGAAAAUAAUUCAAAAGCUUUUGAUAACGUUAAAGAAAGAAUAAAAAAUAGAUUGGUUGAUUAUCCAGAUUUUCCUAAAAAAGGAAUUCUUUUCAGAGAUAUUAUGCCUCUUUUCAAAGACCCUGUUUUGAUAAAUGAUUUAGCUUUAUCUAUAGCAAAUUAUUUCAAGAAUAGUCAAAUAAAUUCAAUUGCUGCUUGUGAAGCUCGUGGUUUCCUUUUUGGAGUUAUUGUAUCAAUUCAUAUGAAUGUACCAUUUGUUGCAAUAAGAAAGAAAGAAUAUGGGGAGGAUAUUUUUGAGGUACAAAAAAAUUCUUUUAAAUCUGGUGAUCGUGUUUUGAUAUUGGAUGACUUAUUAGCUACUGGUGGUUCUAUGAGUGCUGCAAUAGAUGUUGUUAAGAAAGCAGGUGCAAACCCCGUUAAUGCAUUUUGUUUGGUUGAAUUAACUGAAUUAAAAGGACGUGAAAAAUUACCUGAAUCUACAAUCUUUGAAGCUAUGAUUCAAUUUUAA